CCUGAAAAUCGAACCUCAACAUGUUUUCAAAAUUAUUUUAUAUACUAUUGACAAUAAUUGUGAAAUGUGCAUUUAGUGAAAACGAACGUUUCUGCAAUUACAAAGGAUGUGAUUCAAUAGUUUGCAACAAUACGAAUUUCGGUGUAACCAUAUCAAAUUGUCCAGAAAUAAACAACUUAAAAAUUACUAAAAAUCGGUUUACAUCGUUGGAUCAUUUGGUGACAAGAAACGUUUCAAUAAAAAAUCUAUCGUUGGAGCACAUCAAUUUAGUGGUCAUACCUGUUGGAAUAUUCGAACGGAUUUCGGUUAACGAUUCGAUUUCGUUAGCAAACAACAAUAUUACUGAAAUUAUGACGGAUAGUUUUGAUGGAAUUUCAUCACUUGAUUCGUUGGAUUUGAGUAAUAAUAAAAUCAAAUCGUUACAGAAAAAUUCUAUUCCGAAAGCGAAAAUUGUGAAUUUAAAUUGGAAUUUCAUUGAAAGGAUAGAUGAGUCGAUGUUUGUGGAUUUCGCGUUUUUGCAGGAAUUGUAUUUGGAGCAUAAUUGUAUUAAGUUUCCAAAAAGCUUUCAUUCUGUACAGAUUGUGAGGAUUUCUUAUGAAUUGGACGAUGAAAAUUAUUGCGUUAUUCAAAGCGAAGUCACUCAGAGAUAUGUUAGUGUAUUUCUUUACGUGAUUCUUGUUUUGACGCUUAUUGCAAUUAUUUUGUUCAUUGCUAUUAUUUUGGUAAAAUACAAGAAACGACAUUUAAGGACUAUAAGUAAUGAAAUGAACGUGAGUUAUGAAAGCAACAAAGAAGUCAACAUGAGAAGACCCACAACGAUAGAAAAUAUAUAUCAUGGUCAAAAAAUUGGUCUUACCGAAAAUAUAGAUGAAAAUUAUUAUGAAGAGCCAAUUUCUAGUAAAAGAGAUACAUCAGAUUCAAAAGUUUAUGAAAGCGUGCGUAAUACCACAAAUUUAUCAUAUGACAAAUUGGGAGAUAAUCAAAAUACUUCAUCAUAUGAAAAAUUUGGAGAUCAAAGUAUUUUGGAUGAGAAUAUAUAUUCUGAUAUUGAAUGA